GGCUGUAGAAUUCCUUUUGUUCAGGCGUUCUAUUACUUCACUAUUUUUCCUUUGAGGACAAGGUCAAGAUGUUCAACGAAGAUGUUCCCUGCAUGCGAACUGGGGGGGAAUCUUUAGUUCUGGUUUCUAGUGGGUCAGAUGAUUUAAAAAAAAAAAAAAAAAAUGACAGUCUUGCUAAACACCCACGCGUACAAAGGAAGCUGCUAGCGCAGUACAUGAUAAAUGACGUUAUUUGUACAGUGUGUCCAACAUGACACAAGUGCUUCUUGUGAUAGGUACUAGUACUAAGUACUAGUUCUGGUAUCUUUCUCGGGGGAAAAAACGUUGUAUUGAGAGCAUCCCUAUUUUAUAGUGUUCGUAAUAAUUUGAAUAGGAAAAUUGCAUCUGUUCAGGAAACUUACUGCAUUAAUAGUUACAUACAAAUUAAUAGAAGGAGACAAUUUACACAUACGCUAAUAUUAAAUCAAAAAGUAAGAUUAAAAAUGAACAGUUUUCUAUUGAAUCGAAACGAUUGAUGAGACUUCUGAAGGUGUAAAAUUCACAUUACAACUGGGAUGGAACAGAGAAUUACAAGCAGUGUGUGUUUAAAUUCUAAAUGAAAUUAAUUAUUGUGGCAUUUAGCAAAAUUAAAUAAUUUGGGUGAUCCUGACUGACUUGAAACAGGAGGGGUUUAAUCUGAUUUGACUUUAGACUUUCAAACAAAAAAAUGAAAAAUGUGUUUUUGCACCUUAUCUAAACUUCUGGCUUCCACUAUAUAUAUGUAUAUAUAAUUUGAAUUUAUUUAUUGUGGUCCUGCAUGUGGUGGGGUGGGGGCAUGUAUGUGAACACACGUUCUUAGCCGCUCCCUCCCUCCCAUCAUCACCACCCACGCACCCGCACACUCCCACGAUGAUCCAGACGGGACGCGUCUUUCCUGCCGCGUCUCCGUGGACUCGACACGCACAACUAAAACGAUCACCUGCAUCAUGGCGCUGUUUCUAUUUCUAGUUAUGUGCGAGUUUGCUCGUGGGUCCGCUUUUUUAUGGUACAACGACUCCUCGCAUCCGCACACCUUUUACGGCUGCUGCGAGGACGGCAAGGAACGGGCUCGACUCUUACAGAACUGCGACGACCUCCCCUACAUCUCCCACUCUCACGUGUGCAGGCUGGCCCAGGAGCAGUGCUGCACGGCGGUGGUGGAGGGGCGGCUCUGCGACUCCGGCGCCUCCAUGGCCAGGACGCAGGAGGCGUGCGAGAGCUACUUCUUCCCCGGGGAUCCUUGGGAAAAUAAAAUCGCCAAGAGUUGCUGUGACUGCUGCAUGUUGGGCAUGGCGUCCGAAGAGCAAGACCCGACGUGCGAGAUGACUUACUUGUCGUUGGGGAAAGUCUGCAAGGAUGUCGCGAAAAACUGCUGCGCCAACAACUUCACGGAAGUAUUUAAUUCAACUGAAGAAGUGAAUGUUACCACAGUGUUCACGGUGAAUACCGGUAGUCCCACAGUGCCUCCAGAGAGUCUUUUCUCAACCAGUACCAUCGUACCUCUCGUGGCUGCAAGCAACUGUACAGCCUUGAAUUGCUCUCAGCAUUGUGUUGAAGACGGCAUCUGUGCUUGUGACGUUGGUUAUCGACUCCAACACGACGGAACAACCUGUGAGGAUAUUAAUGAAUGCCUGCUGAACGUUCACAACUGCGUCACCGGCCAAAUUUGCAUCAACACGAAAGGCUCGUUCCGUUGCCAGCGGGAAACCGGCUGCGGCACCGGGUACGAGCUGACGGACAACAACGGGUGCCAAGACAUCGACGAAUGCGCUUUGAAUAUUCACAACUGUGAACUCAACUUCGAGUGCACCAACACUGAAGGAUCCUUCCACUGUCACCCGAAGGAAACGUGUGCUGGAGGGUUCAUCCAAGAUGCUGUCGGCAACUGCAUUGACAUCAACGAGUGCGCGGCGCACCCGGCUCCGUGCCAGCCCGGCCACACCUGCGUCAACACGCACGGUUCUUUCAUUUGCCGCCGGAGCACCAUCACGUGCGGACGAGGCUACCACCUGGACGCAGAGGGCACACGCUGCGAAGAUGUGGAUGAGUGCCAGACGGGCAGCGUGUGUCGGAACCACGGCUGCGUCAACAUGGUGGGAACGUACCGCUGCGUCUGCAAUAUCGGCUUUAUCUUCAACAGCGUUGCCAGGCUCUGCGAAGAUAUCGACGAAUGCAGGUAUUAUCCCAGGAGGCUAUGCGCCCACAAGUGCGUCAACACCGAGGGGUCUUACGAGUGCAGCUGCUCCACCGGUUUCCAGCUCGCUCCUGAUGGCAGGAAUUGCCAAGAUGUCAACGAGUGUGACGACAACCCGUGCAGCCAGGAGUGCACCAACGUCUACGGCUCCUACCAGUGCUACUGUCACCGUGGUUACCAGCUUAGCGACACUGACGGGGUCACGUGUGAAGAUAUCGACGAGUGCGCGGUGCCCACCGACAGCCAGGUGUGCGCCUACCAAUGCUUCAACGCACCCGGGAGCUUCUACUGCGCCUGUCCGACUGCGGGGUACGCCCUGGCGUCGAACGGGCGCACUUGCCAAGAUAUUGACGAGUGCGCUGCCGGGAGCCACUCUUGCGGCGCCAACCAGGCCUGCUUCAACAUCCGCGGAGGAUACCGUUGCUUGGUCUUUGGGUGUCCAUCCUACUACCGCCAAGGGGCGCAUGGAUCGGUGAACAAGGACUCGGUCAGCGUGCGUUGCCACAAGGCCUGCCACCCCAACAACUUGGCCUGCAUGCACAACUCUGUCCAGAUUAUAACCUACACCGUCCUCUCGCUCCCCACCUACAGACAACUGAAUCAACCCGAAGAUAUCGUUUUUCUGCGGACGUCCAUGCCGGCUCAACCCCCCAACAGCAACAUUGACCUGGUCUUUGAAAUGCUGAAAACGGACAACCAGUUCUCAUUUGAUGUGGUGAAGCGCUAUUUUCAGGGUUACGUCAUCGGUGUGGUGCGCCAGGUGAGGCCAGUGGCCGGGCCCCAGGACAUUGAGCUGCUGGUGGCCUUGAACUACAUCAAGUCGGGAUACGUCUCGCACCGCAACAUUGUCAGUAUCUACGCCGUCGUCUCCCAGUUCUGGUUCUGAGCUGUGUCGCCUGCGCGAGGUGGCCGUUAUUUACGUCUUGAGAACCCCUGAGACGGAGCUUAAUUUAUAUUUAUGAAAAGAGAGACAUUCUCUAAACGUGAAUGAAGACCUGAGGCUAUUUUCGGAGCCAACCACGGUCACCGUCACUGGAAAGGGGCUGCUUGAAAUUUUUUUUAUUCCUUUCAAUAAUUGCAACAAAAAAAAAAAAAAAACGUGUGUGUGGGUAGCAAAGAGGUCGGUUGGAGGCAAUUAUCACAUCUGGUUGCACAAUUUUUUUUUCAUUCUAUGCAAUGACUGUUGAGCUUUUUCCCUUGGAAUUUUGAGGACAAAGUGUCUAUUUAAUGGUACUAUUAUAAAAACAAAACACUCAACUGUGCACCAAGACUGUUUGGGAGAAUGUUCUAUGUCAGACCAGCGACGGAGCCAGAAUUUUUUCAGUGAGGUGCCCAAUGUUGAAUGGAAUUUUUCCCAGUCUUUGGCUCUUGAGGUACGAAACGACAAGUGGUGAAACGUGAAGGGAGGUGGCCGAGUUUCAGUCUACGGAGGCCGUGCCCACCCCUGGCCACCCCUUCUCUCCACCCUGCUGUUCGCAAGUUCUAUGUGUGUUUUAAAGUUGUUUUUUAGACAGGUUCUCCCACUUAGAAAUCAGGCAGGGGUCUGAAAUUUUCAUCGCAGGUGCAUGUCCACUGUGAGAGAGAUAAUCUAAAAUGAAAAAUCCAGAAAUCAGAAUGUAUGCUUUUUUUUAACUAUUUAUUUGUGUGAUACAGCUGCAAAUAAGUAUUUGAACACCUGUCUAUCAGCUAGAAUUCUGACCCUCAAAGACCUGUUAGCCCGCCUUUAAAAGACGCGCGUUAAAAUACAGUGCAGUCGUACUGUACCAUGUGCAGGAAAAACACCCCCAAAGCAUGAUGCUACCACCCCCAUGCUUCACAGUAGGGAUGGUGUUCUUGGGAUGGAACUCAUCAUUCAUCUUCCUCCAAAUGUUCAAUUUUUGUCUCAUCUGACGACAAAACUUUCUCCCAUGAUUCCUCAGUAUCAUCCAAAUGGAGAUUGGCCAAUUUAAGAUGAUAUUUGCUGGUUUAAGGAGGGGAACCUUCCGUACCAUAAUGUCUUAGUGUAUGACCAACAGUCACCUUGGAAACGGUGGUCCCAGCUCUUUUCAGGUCAUUCAGGUCAGGUGUCUUUAUACAGCUAACAACUUCACAUAUAUUGUGAUAUCUGGAUUUUUCUGUUUAGAUGAUCUCUCUCACAGUAGACAUGCACCUACGAUGAAAAUUUCAGACCCCUCCAUGAUUUCUUAGUGGGAGAACUUGGAAUAUAGCAGGGUGUUCAAAUACUUAUUUUCUUCACUGUAUACAUAUAUACAGUGUGACUGUGUUGUGUUUUUUUUUGUGAUUUUUAAUCUGUUUUUGUCUAAUAUCAAACAAUAGUGUGCCGAUGUAUGCGCUGAUAAUUUUUACACUGGAUUUUCUAGCAAAG